GGCCCCGCGCGAGCCGGCAGGGGCGAGAGCGGUGGCCGCCGGGCGGCGGGGGCGGCGGUCGGGCGGCCAUGGCGGGGCAGCAGUUCCAGUACGACGACAGCGGCAAUACCUUCUUCUACUUCCUCACCAGCUUCGUGGGGCUCAUCGUCAUCCCCGCCACCUACUACCUGUGGCCCCGGGAUCAGCACGCCGAGCAAAUUCGAUUAAAGAAUAUAAGAAACGUAUAUGGAAGGUGCUUGUGGUAUCGCUUGCGACUUCUAAAACCGCAACAAAACAUAAUUCCUACAGUAAAGAAAAUAAUCCUCCUUGCUGGAUGGGCAUUAUUUUUGUUUCUUGCAUACAAGGUUUCCAAAACGGACCGAGAGUAUCAGGAAUAUAACCCUUAUGAGGUUCUACAUUUGGAUCCUGGAGCAAGUAUAUCAGAAAUCAAGAAGCAGUACCGUGCAUUGUCACUAAAAUACCAUCCAGAUAAAGGAGGAGAUGAAGUUAUGUUCAUGAGGAUUGCUAAGGCAUAUGCAGCCUUGACUGAUGAAGAAUCACGAAAAAAUUGGGAAGAAUUUGGGAAUCCAGAUGGACCACAAGCUACAAGCUUUGGUAUAGCUUUGCCAGCUUGGAUUGUGGAUCAGAAAAAUUCAAUUUUGGUUUUGCUUGUAUACGGACUAGCAUUUAUGGUUAUUCUUCCAGUUGUUGUGGGUUCCUGGUGGUACCGAUCGAUACGAUACAGUGGAGAUCAGAUUCUCAUUCGGACAACUCAGAUAUAUACAUACUUUGUCUAUAAAACACGGAAUAUGGACAUGAAACGGCUUAUCAUGGUUUUAGCAGGAGCAUCUGAAUUUGAUCCUCAGUACAAUAAAGAUGCUACGAGCAGACCAGCAGACAACGUUCAGAUACCACAGCUAAUCAGAGAAAUUGGUGGCAUAAAUUUAAAGAAGAAUGAGCCUCCACUUACCUGCCCUUACAGCCUGAAAGCCAGAGUUCUACUGUUGACUCAUCUUGCCAGGAUGAAAGUUCCUGACACCCUUGAAGAAGAUCAGCAGUUUAUCCUGAAAAAGAGUCCUGCGCUACUUCAAGAAAUGAUUAAUGUGAUUUGCCAACUAAUAAUAAUGGCUCGGAGCCGUGAAGAAAGGGAGUUCCGUGCUCCAUCUUUGGGAUCUUUGGAAAAUUGCAUGAAGCUUUCCCAGAUGACUGUCCAAGGACUUCAGCAGUUCAAAUCUCCCCUUUUGCAACUGCCUCAUAUUGAAGAGGACAAUCUUAGGCGGGUCUCUAAUCAUAAAAAGUAUAAAAUCAAAAGCAUUCAGGAUUUGGUGAGUUUGAAAGGUUCUGAUCGUCGCAACUUACUGCAUUUCCUGGAGGAUAAGAAAUAUGAUGAAGUUAUGGCUGUCCUUGGUAGCUUUCCAUAUGUCACUAUGGAUAUAAAACCACAGGUUUUGGAUGAUGAAGACAGCAACAAUAUUACAGUAGGUUCUCUUGUCACUGUUCUGGUCACGCUAACGAGGCAGACCAUGGCAGAGGUGUUUGAAAAGGAACAGUCUAUAUGUUCGGCGGAAGAGCAACCAGCAGAAGAUGGACAAGGAGAUAGCAACAAAGUUAAGAGCAAAGGAUGGCAACAAAAGAAUAAAGGAACCAAGAAAGCUUCAAAAUCAAAGAAAAAGAAGCCAUUGAAAAAGAAACCUGUGCCACCUUCGUUGCAGCCACCAAAACAACAGAAGCAAAAACAAGCUAAUGGGGAAGUAGUUGUCAAGGAAGAAGAAGAAGAGAUCUCUGAUAAAGGAAGUGAAUCUGAAGAAGAGGAAACAAACAGGGACUCUCAAAGUGAGAAAGAUGAUGGAAGUGACAGGGAAUCUGACAGAGAACAAGAUGAAAAACAAAACAAAGACGAUGAAGCUGAAUGGCAAGAGUUACAGCAAAGUAUACAGAGAAAAGAACGAGCCCUUCUUGAAACCAAGUCAAAGAUAACACAUCCUGUUUACAGUCUCUUUUUUCCUGAGGAAAAACAAGAGUGGUGGUGGCUUUAUAUUGCCGAUCGGAAGGAGCAGAUGCUAAUAUGUAUGCCAUAUCAUGUUUGUACACUAAAAGAUAAAGAAGAGGUAGAGCUGAAAUUCCCAGCACCGGGCAAGCCUGGAAACUAUCAGUACACAGUUUAUUUAAGAUCAGAUUCGUAUAUGGGUUUGGACCAGAUUAAACCAUUGAAGCUGGAAGUUCAUGAAGCAAAACCAGUGCCAGAAAAUCAUCCUCAGUGGGAUACAGCAAUAGAAGGUGAUGAGGACCAGGAAGACAGCGAGGGCUUUGAAGACAGUUUUGAGGAAGAAGAGGAAGAGGAGGAAGAUGAUGAUUAAAACAAUACCGUUAAUUAACUACGAUAUCUGCACACACUGCAAACUCUUGGUCUGACUGUGGAACUGUACAAUAAACAAGAAACACAGUACAGAAGCUUUGAGAAGGCUGAGUUUAAUUUUUCUUUACCAAUUAAGAGUGCAUUAUGUAACUUCUCAGUGGAGGUGAAACAAAUCUGUUGCCAUUGAUACAACCUUGGAAUAUGCUUACGGCUCAUUAUAGCCUUCAAGUGCAGGAUGGUGCAUUUGUUUCAAUUGAAAAUAAAAGCUUUUUUAUUAUAAAUAUCUGGAAGUGUGGGCUAUGUAUCAUCUGCUGAGUUUAGGGUCCAAUUUAAAUAAAAGGUACUGCUAGCUAGGAGAAAACUUAAAAUCAAAUUUUUCUGCAUUAGAAAUUUAUUUUAGAAGACAUUUUGGUAUAGUUGACAUUUCACAUCUCUGUUGACUGAAACAGCAUCUGCUCAACUUUCAAACUUGGUUUUGUGGUAUUCUCUCAAUAUUUUGCUGUGAUACUGCUCACAUCAUUCAUAGCUUGAAAAAUCUGUUUUACUUAACUUGAUUAGUAUAAAUUAACAUCAUACCUAUUGCCACAUUCCACAUAUACCAGAGGGCUGCUUUUUUAGGACUGUUGUCUUUUUAUGCCCAAGAUAAUCAUGGAAAUCAAACUUUUUUGACUCUGGCUUAAAACAUUUUUAAGCCUUUAUUUCACCAGGUCAGCAGAAACUCUGAAUCUUUUGAUAAACAAAAUGCCUGAAAGCACCUUUACGACCGUGUGCUACGUAAGUUGGUGGCUUCUAUUUAAUGCCUUUGUAAAAGGUAAAUGCUGGAAAGCCAAAAGUACAACAUGCAAAGAGUGCGUGUUGUGUAUCAGUUUUGAAUUCUCAUCAACAAACUGGAAAAAAAUGAUGCCUGUUUUCAAUUGUAGUAAUGUGCAUCUCUUAAAGUUUGGAGGUAUUUUUUUUUUUCAGUCUCCUUCAGGUCUGUAAAUAAGGCAGUGAUUCUACCCAACCCAUUUAGAAAGAAGAUUAGAUAUUAAGUUCAGGGAAGAGAGAAUCAGGGCUGUUGGUUUAUUGUAUGACUUGUCGAAAGCGACAGACAGAUUCUUCCUCUUCUCGACUAUGACAGUGUGAUGGUGUGAGACGUGGGGCAGGUUGUCAUGCAGAGGAAACUCCAUCCUAUGAAAAUCACCGAAGGCCAGGUCAGCUGUGCACUAAUUUGUGACCUUGUUUAUUAAAAAGGGAUGUCACUUUAAAUGCAAAUUUACAUUGAUAUAUUCUUUGUAAUUGCAAUAGUUGCAAAUAAAAUUUGAAAAUGUUCUA